AGCCGGGGGCCGGGGCGCGGGGAUCGAGGAAGGGGCGCGCGGCGGGUCCCGGGCCGAUGUCCCAGGUGAGCAGCCAAAGCCACUCUCGCCACGACGCGCCCCAUGGAGCCCCCGGCGCAGCCCCGGAGCCAGCCCAGACCGAGUGGCUCCUGCCUGAGCUGGAGGUAGGAGCAGUACCUGCUCGCCCAGUGGAGGCAGCGUCGGAGGCGGGCUCCCUGGAGGAGGUGGCACCUCCCAUGCCCCAAGGCAAUGACCCUGGGGCUCCAAAGGCCCUGGACAGUACUGACCUUGAUGUCCCCACGGAAGCUGUGACGCGCCAGCCUCAGGGGAACCCCUUGGGCUGCACCCCACUACUGCCGAAUGGCUCUAGCCACCCCUCAGAGCUGGGCAGUGCCAAGCCGGCGGGGAAUGGUGCUCUUGGGGGUCCCAAGGCCCACCGGAAGCUGCAGACACACCCCUCUCUGGCCAGCCAGGGCAGCAAGAAGAGCAAGGCCAGCGCGAAGUCGGCCUCCUCCCAGAUCCCCCUGCAGGCGCAGGAAGACUGCUGCGUGCACUGCGUGCUGUCCUGCCUGUUCUGUGAGUUCCUGACCCUCUGCAACCUGGUUCUGGACUGCGCCACCUGCGGCUCCUGCGGCUCGGAGGACUCAUGUCUGUGCUGCUGCUGCUGUGGCUCCGGCGAGUGCGCCGACUGCGACCUGCCCUGCGACCUGGACUGCGGCAUCCUGGAUGCCUGCUGCGAGUCGGCCGACUGCCUGGAGAUCUGCAUGGAGUGCUGUGGCCUCUGCUUCUCCUCCUGACCAGCGAGGGACACGUGGGGAUGGACAGACACACGCCCGGGCCUGCCUGGCUUCUCCCAGCCCCCUCCCCGGGACUGGCCGGGUGGGGCUGCAGAACACUGUGACCACAGGGAGGGAAGGGACGGGUCUGCCGGCUUCUCUACCUCUCUCCCCGAGUCUCCUCUCCUGCUGCCCUGGCCAGAGGACAGCAAAAUGUGAAAGAGCCUCUUCCCAGCCUGCCAAACCCAGCCAGUACUUCCCUGACCCGCGCAGUGACCUGGAGGCCAGGCCUGGGGCGGGACAGCAUGGCACAGCACGGCAAAGCCUGGAAGGGCACAGGGCGGGCGCAGAGGGAGGGUCUUCUAUUCGUCACUGUAAAUAAAGAUAUUUGUUCAUCUCCA